AUGACUUACACAACUGUCUUCAAACUAAAGUAUCGAAAGUCUCUUGGUUCAUCCAUAGUGAAAUUCCCAGUUUUAGUUGAAGUUGUAUGCAAACCGUAUGAACGUGGUGUGUCCGUCGAGAAUAGUUGUGCACCAGAAACUUUUUAUAAGUUUAGAUCCCAUAUACAUGUUCGAGUUGACUACCGACCGUACACAUAUCCAUGUGACUUACCUCAAUACGUCGCAUUACGGAACUCUUCUGUACAGUUGCCUAAUAGACAAACAAAUACAUUUCUUAAUGUUGGUGAUAUUCUGUUUUAUUGUGGGCUUGCUUUCAGUAUGAAGGGUUCAUUUGAUUUGGAGAGCCGUUGCUUCAAGAUUAGUAAAUUACCUGAAAGAACAUGGUCUGACAUGGGACCAUAUGUUGAACAGAUUAUAGCCUAUACCAAACCACUUGGUGCAUUGUUUGGAAUGGGAUCCAAUAGUGCAGGGGUAGUGAUGAGUAAGGAUUUUGGAACGACAUGGAUUUCAAUCAACUCGUUCGCGUUUCGAUAUGCUUUGAAUACUUCGACAGAAGUCAUUACUGCAAGUACGAUACCAUGGAUGUCAGUGACAGGACCUAUUAAUAGUACAAUUUCUGAUUCAUUAUGCAAGAUGCGGGUGGCUGGACAGUGGAAUGUUUGCAUCAACGAAAUCUAUGCAAAUCAAAUUUUGUUGGCCAACUGGACUGACACUUGCCCAAACAGCAAGCCUUUUUAG